CGGGUUCGCUCCCACAAGCGCGCUCCCGACUCUGGACACACACGGUGUAAGCCUGAAACGAGACCCAUUUCCGGGACGCACUGAAAAAAACCAGACUUUCCCUAGGAAAUCGCGCUCCCAGCUCCCGCGAGACCCGUCAGGGUGCGCAUGCGUAGGGCCGGGCUCUAGGACCCGGCAGAAAGACCAGCGGGCGGACGCGGACGCGGACGCGGACACGUCUCGAGGAAGUCUCGCGGUGUUUGCAUUUGAAUGUUUGGCGGGUGACGGACAUGGCGGCUUCACCCCCGCGACUCAGGAAUCGGCUCUUAAGAACUUAUGGGGCUGCCCGCGGCUGGGGGCCGCGGCGGGCGCCGGUCCGGGCAGCCGCGCAGUGGUUCCCGCCGCAAAAUCCGAAGCGUUUCUUCAGCAGCAGCAGCAGCAACGCCAGCAGUGACGACCCCUCGCAGUCUGUCGCUUCGGACGAUUCUGACGACCCUGAUUUCUCCAGCAGCCCGGUGGUUCAACGGCGGAGGCGCCGUGGCGGUCAAAUCUCCAAGGCCCAGCCGAGUCCGAUCGUGACCCCAAGACGCCUGAGGCUACGAGCUCGGCCCCCGCAGAAGUGCAGCACGCCCCGCAGCUCACUCCUGCCACCGCCCUUCCCCAGCAGCAACCCGGACCUCACUGAGUGCAACCAGCGCGGGGACAGUGGCGAGCUGGGCACCAGUGCCUCCCUGUUCAGCUCUCCGGCCUCUUCCAGCCCCGGCUCUGGGUCCCCAGAGCUGAGAGACGGUGUCAUCUGUAUCGACCUCUCCGCCUCUCGGAGUGCAGCCUCUGAAGUUCCCUGCGACUCCCACCUCCCGGCAGCCUCUCUGGACCAAGCACCUCACUCCUGCUCCCAGGAGACAGCAACCGGAGGAGGCAGGAUCACCAGAUUGGCUCACCGAACCCGUGCCCGCCGCAGGUCAGCUCUCUUUAGCCUUAUGGGCUCGGGAAACUCUGAGGAUUCUGAGUUUGGGGUAGAUGGGAAGAAUACGAGGGAGUCCUGCUGCGAAAGAGAAUUGGUGGGGAAGAGGCUGGAGGGGCCAGGUUUAUCAAGCAGCCGUAAGAAAAGGCCCCCAGACCAGGACUCUUGUCAAACGAUUGGGGCUCAAGGGGCUGUCCAGACAGAAUAUGAGGGGGCCGAUGGUUGCAAGAGCUGUAUUGUACCUGGGGAAAUCUACAGGCCUGAGAGAACUGGGUCAAGCAAGAAAAGGAAACAUCAGGAGGCAGCAGAAACCUCCCUCGUGCGUUGCCACCAGUUUAAAAAGGGCCAAAGGAUGGAACAAGAUUCAUUCCUCACCCAGGACCUGACUCGUGUGCGGAAUGACUGCUCUUGGACCAAAGGCAAGGCUUCCUUCGGUUUCCACAAGAAGAAGGUCGUGACUACUGUGUCAGAAGUGUGCAGCAGCUACGCCACUACCGGUUCUCUCUCUGGGUCCCUCUUAUCAGACUAUUCAAACUCUUCUGUCCUGAACAGAACAAACAGUGCUUUGUUCCCUCGGCACUCCUCUUCCAUGCAUUUGCUAACCCCCUUAAAGACAACACAUGCCAUAGACAAGAAGGCAUCUGAUGCUGAAAAGGUUUAUAGGGAAUGUAACCAGGAGGGUCCGAUCCCUUUUAGCUAUUGCCUUUCCGCAGAAAAGCUGGAAUGCUGUGAGAAGAUUGGGGAAGGGGUGUUUGGCGAAGUGUUUCAAACAGUUGCUAAUCAUACACCUGUAGCCCUAAAAAUCAUUGCUAUUGAGGGACCUGAUUUAGUCAAUGGAGCCCAUCAGAAGACUUUUGAGGAAAUCCUGCCAGAAAUCAUCAUCUCCAAAGAGCUGAGCCUCUUGUCUGACGAGGUAUGCAACCGCACGGAAGGCUUCAUUGGGCUGAACUCAGUGCACUGUGUUCAAGGACCUUACCCUUCCUUGCUCCUCCGAGCCUGGGACCACUAUCACUCAACCAAAGGGUGUGCCAACGACCGGCCUGACUUUUUUGAGGAAGACCAGCUCUUCAUUGUGAUGGAAUUUGAGUUUGGAGGGAUUGACUUGGAGCGAAUGAGAAAGGAGUUGUCCUCCCUAGCUACUGCAAAGAGCAUUUUACACCAGAUCACCGCAUCCCUGGCCGUGGCAGAGGCAUCACUGCACUUUGAGCACCGAGACUUACACUGGGGGAACGUGCUUUUAAAGAAAACCCGCCUCAAGGAACUCCACUACACUCUCGACGGGCAGACAGGCACGAUCGCCACCCAUGGGCUGCAAGUCAGCAUUAUUGACUACACCCUGUCACGUGUGGAGCGGGAUGGCAUCGUGGUUUUCUGUGACCUUUCCAUGGAUGAGGACCUAUUUACAGGUGGAGGGGACUACCAGUUUGAGAUCUACAGGCUAAUGAGGAAGAAGAACAACAACUCCUGGGGUGACUAUCACCCUUAUACUAAUGUGCUCUGGCUCCAUUACCUCACAGAUAAGAUUCUGAACGAGAUGACUUUCAAGACUAAAUGUAACACCCGUGCCAUGAAGCAAGUGAAGAGAAACAUCCUGAAUUUCCACAGGACAAUGCUGAACUUCAGCUCUGCCACUGACCUGCUCUGCCAACACAGUCUAUUUAACAGCCAGUGACCACCUCAGCAGCUGUAUGCACUGACUGUUAGCCAUGGCCCGGAGCUGGAAUGGGGGAACCCAGAGCUCGAAAGGAAGACUUCCUGGGGAAGGGAGACGCAGUUCUCAGAAGCCAGAGCUUGGAGCUCUGAGUGGGUCAACAUUUUGGGGCAGGUUUUUUUUCCGUUUUGUUUUCAAUGUAGCCAAGUAAACUGUUCUUUUUCACUCACUCCCAGUGAGAGAGCAGGGUUAAACUAGCUGUAAGCUCCCAGCUAGAACUCAUUCUCUGGAAACAUCUAUGUGCUUAAAUUAACACCAAAUCACUUCUCACCCACUUUAUCUGUGCAACAAAAAAAUCUUCAUUAAACCAUCAAAGUAAUAAUUGAUUAAGGUAAGAGUCAUGAAUGGAUGUUUAAAAAGAUACAUAAUCUUAAGGCAUCUCCCCAUAAAAGAUACUUACUAAUUACAAAGGGAAAUAGCACCAGUAAUGGGAUAAUGCAACAUGACAUGCUUCCUAAUAGGAUGCAUUUAGGACACUUCUAUGAUAUUCCUGCCAAAACUAUGCAUAACCUGAAUCUAAUCAUGAGGAAACGUCAGACACAUUCAAGGAUAGGAACAUUCUGCAGAAUAACUGCCCUGUACCUUUUGAAAAUUAAGGUGAUUAAACAAACUGAGAAACUGUCCAGAUUAAAGGAGACGAAAGAUAAAUGACGACGAAAUGCACUAAAUGAUCCUAGACCGUAAAAUUUUUUCUCUUUUCCUAUAAAGGACAUUAAUAGAAUAACUGAUAAAAUUUAAAUAAAGUUUGCAGGUUAGAUAAUAGUAUUUUAUCAUUGUUCAUUUCCUGAUUUUGAUCAUUGUAUUCUGAUUCUGUAAGAGAAUGUCCUUGUUUUUCUUGAAACAUAUGCUGACGUUAUGGGGGGUAAAGACGCAUCAUAUCUACAACUUACUCUCAAAUGGUUCAGAAAUAUACGUGUGUGUGUGUAUGUGUGUAAUAUAUAUGUAUAUAUGUAUAUGUACUGUCUACAUUAUGAGAGAAGGAUAAAGAAAUGUGAAUGAUAAAGCAGGUGAUAAAAUGUGAAAAUGGUAAUAUUUGGGGAAUAUAGAUAAAAAAUG